AUGGAAAUUGAGAUAGAUGAUGGAGCAGAACAGCAGCAGCAACCAAUUCCUUUACUGACUCCAUAUAAAUUGGGAAAUUUUCAGCUCUGUCAUAGAAUUGUUUUGGCACCUCUGACAAGGAUGAGAUCUUACGACAAUAUUCCGCAGCCACACGCUAUUUUAUACUACUCCCAGAGAGCUACUAAAGGAGGUCUGCUCAUAGCAGAAGCCACCGUAGUUUCUGAAACAGGCCGUGGAUAUCCAGCUACACCAGGCAUUUGGACAAAGGAGCAAGUUGAGGCCUGGAAACCCAUUGUAGAUGCAGUACAUGCCAAAGGUGGUAUCUUCUUUUGCCAGAUUUGGCAUGCAGGAAGGAUUUCAAAUUACAGUUAUCAGCCCAAUGGACAAUCUCCAAUCUCAUCAACAGACAAGCAAUUAACUUUCAAAGUUCAAAAGAACGGCGUAGAUGAUUAUAAGUAUCCACCUCCACGACGCCUAAGAACAGAAGAAAUUCCUGAGAUUGUCAAUGAAUUCAGAGUCGCUGCAAUUAAUGCUAUUGAAGCUGGUUUUGAUGGGGUAGAGAUCCAUGGAGCUCAUGGUUAUAUUGUAGAACAGUUUCUGAAAGACCAAAUCAAUGACAGAACAGAUGAAUACGGAGGCUCAUUGGAGAACCGUUGCAGAUUUGCUCUGGAAAUCGUUGAAGCUGUCUCCAAUGCGAUAGGAGCUGAUAGAGUUGGCCUCAGGCUCUCCCCGUUUGCAGAUUACAUGGAAUCAGGAGACUCAAAUCCAGCAGCACUAGGUCUCUACAUGGCUGAAGCGUUGAAUAAAUAUGGAAUUCUGUACUGUCACAUGGUGGAGCCAAGGAUGAAAACUGUGGGGGAAAAAUUCGAAUGUGCAGAUACUCUUCUGCCAAUGAGGAAUGCAUUCAAAGGCACUUUCAUCGUUGCUGGUGGCUAUGGUAGGGAAGAUGGCAGCGAAGCAGUGGCCAAAGAUAAUGCUGAUCUUGUUGCUUAUGGACGUUUGUUCCUGGCCAAUCCAGAUUUGCCAAAACGAUUCGAGUUAAAUGCUCCUCUGAACAAGUACAACAGAGCCACUUUCUACAUACCUGAUCCUGUUGUUGGCUACACUGACUAUCCAUUUCUUGAAACCAUUGCAUGA